UCUGUGUGGUCUCGUGCUGUGACAUUAAGUGCUUGUUACCGCGAGAUCCCGACGUACAUUAUUGCGCUAUCAAGGCAAAUAUUGGAGAUAUAAGACGGUCUGGAUGGGGUUAAUCGUAUUGAGAAGAAACGGCCUGGAAUGGGUGGUUGUCGUCACCUUCGUCGUGUGUCGUUGAGACUGGGGCUUUGAACGUUCUUUGAAUGGGGCCGUGUAGAAUGGGAGAGCUUGGAAGUAUGGAUCACAAGCAUCAGUAGCGCUAAUUGCUGAGGUACAAUCAAGAGAGAGUGAGAGCGCGAGUGAGCAGAAAGUCUCGAUAGUGGAAUGGGGGUUUUUUGCCAUUUGUUGGAAACCUGCUGGCAUUAUGAUUUACAUCGACAUGUUGUGAUCAAGGUGCACAAAUGAAAGUAUUAUACGGAAUUGGAAAUUGUAUGGUGCGUUCAGGGUUACAGAAACGCAGGAGAGGCUCUGCUUUCAGACACCGUAAGACGAUGGCAUUAUUUCUUCUUUCGAGUGAGUAUCGAAGAUGUAACGAACUAAUAAAUAGGAUAAGUUCACUUGAAGCAGAGCUGUUUGAUUAUAGUGCCUAAUCUUUUCACUUGUACCAAGGUGCAGCACUGCUUUUAGUUCCGUCAAUCCUUACCUAUUUUAUUUGGACGACCUGGAAUUGCUGAAACAUGCGGGAUUGGAGAGGAUGGAUAGCGUGGUUCUUGAAAUUCUAUUUGGAGGCUCUGAAGCCGGAACGAGGUCCACUCUGUGCCCCACAAGUUAGAGUCCUCUAAUUGCCGCUGUGCAUGCAUCGUAAGAAGCAAGGAUGCAGGGCCCUAAAGCCCGGCUUGACCAGAUAUUUCCAGCAAGAAAAGUAAAUGCUGUGGUGUUGCCUUCACCCAAGUUGAACGGUCCUCCACACGCAAAGAGGAAACAAAAUCCAGCCGAGGUUUCUCCACAAAAGAAGGGUACUCUCGAAAGUUUUAUUGUUAAAAGCAAAAGCACCGAUAAUCAUCCCAUCGGACAGGCUUGGAGUGGUUACGAGGAUAAGCAAGCUGGAAUCAACAGGUACAUCAGACAGUCUACAUGGCCAAAGCCUUCAACAGAAAGGUGGCUGCAAGGAUGCGGGUCCAGUGCGUCAAAAUUCGUGCCUAAGAGGCUACUGGAGCCGGAUAUUUCACGCAAUGAUUUCUGUACUGCGAACAAUUCAAAGCCCAUAUUUGAAACCGGCGAAGGACAUCACAUAGGCCCUUGUCUUACAGAAAGCAAAUCCUCGCCAGAUCUCCUCCAGGCUUCAAGAAAGCUAACUAGAGAAACAACUGAGAGGAGUAAUAGUCAGGGGCAACUCACACAAUUUGCAGAUGAUCAUCUGUCAAGAUGUGUCAGUGGUGUCAUCAAGGACCUGCCACCGUGCAAUCCUCCAGGUACUGGUGGAGUUGACAACUCUAAGAAAGCUAUGAGGGUCGUCGAUGAUGACGAUGAUUGUCCUAGAGUAUCAAAAAAGCAGAGACAUAGUGAUGGGCUUGAGCUAGAUGUCAUCUCAUGUACGCAGCAUUUUUUGCCCAUACGCUUAAGUGGUAAUGAUGUGGGUACAUUUGGGGAUAAAUUUGGGUCCGUCAAAGAAGAAAGGAGUGUGGGGUUGCUGAAGAGCUUUAAGGAACAAAGUAUCGAAAGGGGUCUGUCUGGUCUACCUAGUAUUUUCAGUUCGAAAGAAUUUGCUCAGCUAGAACUCACUCCUGGAGGUGGAGUAGAUCCCCGAGGUGGGUCAGAUUUAGAGCUCACCUGUGAUGUCCCUCAUGUUGAUGACGAAGGUAUUCACAGUGGAUCAGAUUCUCCAAAGCUGUCGAAAGGGCUUGUGUCAUGUUCCAAUAUUUCUGGUGCCUUAGAAAAUAAGAUCAAAAGCUCAGUGUCAGGUGACAUCUUUGAGAAGGAAGCUUUUCAAAUUGUUUCUUUUGAAGGAUUUCCUCCGUUACCUCCACCAUUCAAAACACCAGAAGAACAAGUAUCACGACAUAAAUGGGGAUCUGGUCGCAAAACCCCGAAGUCAAGGUCCAGGUUACGGAGUAAAAGUGGUGAAGGAGGUUUCGGCUCUACUCCAUAUUCGCGUAAUGCCAAGAAAUCAGACAGACGGUCGUUUAGUAGUGGAAAAUCAGGGGGAUGGCAGUACCAUAAUUCUCUGUUCUCUCCUGGUGACGCCUUCUGGGAUGAAGCAUUUGAAGCGGCGGAUGUUUUGCUUGUCUCCAAAUUAAACGGCGCAGCACAAAAGCAGAGCAGCAGAGGUAAAAGUAUUUUAUCAAGCGCCGAAAGGACAACACGAGCUGUAGAUGGAGCAAUUCAGAAUCAAGUGGAACAAGUUCCAGGCAUCCAGGGGAUACUGGAAGUUGUUGGAGCCAACGUUGGUCGCUUUCAAGACUCCAGUGUGGAGAAAGGUCCUGCAGAUGUUGAAGUCGAGAAUUUGGAAGGAAUAACAAACUUUGACCGGAUUCCUAACACUAGGUUUGAUGAGCUGGAUAUCUCUCCUUUGCCGGUGCGUCGAUUCAGUUUCACUUGCCAAAGCAGUCCGCCAAACAAAAACGUUAUCAAAUUGACCACUGAAGAAGUUUCUAAGGCUUGUCCUACUGCUAUCCAAGAGCCGCUAGGUCCUGUACGUCUGGAAUCUUUUGAUGGUAAGGACAACUGUUCCGGGGGUGAAACCAUCAAAGCCAAUGUUCAUGUUAUUGAAGCGUCGAAGGAAAUUUGUGAGACCGUGGUGGGCACUGACCUGCAGCUUCAGGUCGUGGCUCAUGUUGAACAUGAUGCAACUUCGAAGUUGCACGAGCCAGUUUUAGCAGUACCUUCCAAGUCAGCUGAUUCCUUAUCAGCUGGCCAAAUGCGUGCGUAUGCCCAUUUAUCAGCAGGAGAUCAUCAAGAAAGAUUUGAGAGAAAGGUUAUCGGAGCUGUCGUUCCUCUAGUCGCAAAACAAGAACAUGCAUUUAUAUCCCGAAGUCCAAAAAACAUAAGUCUGGAUCUUGCCGAUUGGAUUCCAUCUGAAGCAUGUGCUAUGUAUGCCAAAAAGGGCUUGAAAAGGCUCUACCCCUGGCAGGUCGAAUGUCUGCAGGUAGAUGGCGUGCUGGAUGGCCGAAGUCUCGUUUACUGUGCAUCUACAAGUGCAGGGAAGAGUUUGGUUGCAGAGGUAUUGAUGUUACGUCGAAUCUUGUCAACUGGGAAGAAGGCUUUGCUGGUGCUACCCUAUGUAGCGCUGUGCUCUGAAAAGGCAGACCAUCUGGAUGCAAUUUUGGAACCUCUUGGAAAACGAGUGCGAGGCUUUUAUGGAUCGCAGGGUGGUUCCAGCUUAACUAAAGACACCUCCGUGGCUGUGUGUACAAUCGAGAAAGCGAACUCGCUGGUCAAUAAGUUGCUUGAAGAGGGACGCCUAUCAGAACUUGCUAUUCUUGUCGGAGACACUGACCGUGGCUAUCUACUUGAACUCCUCCUCACCAAACUCCGCUUUGCUGCCGGUGGUGGAGAGUGUAACUCACCUGGGUAUAGUUCGAAGGAGAACAGAGGCUCAAGUUCAAGCCGGAAUACUGAGUUGCAAAUUGUGGGGAUGAGUGCCACAAUGCCUAAUGUAUCUGAUGUGGCUACUUGGUUACAGGCCGCUCUUUAUCAAACAGUCUUCCGGCCAGUUCCUUUGGAGGAAUUCAUUAAAGUUGGUCAUACUAUCUACAAUAAGAAGAUGGAAUUUGUAAGGUCAAUCAAGAAAAAUGCAGACCUUAGUGGGAAGGACCCUGAUCAUUUGGUAGAGUUGUGCCAUGAGGUAGUAAGUGAAGGGCAUUCAGUCUUAGUGUUCUGUUCCAGCCGUAAAGGAUGUGAGACGACAGCUCGUCACAUCAGCAAGUUUCUGCCUCCAUUCACAAUCGUAGAGAGAGAUAAAAUGAUUGGACCAAUAGAUGGAAACGCAGCUGUGGAAGAGUUGCGGAAGUGUCCAGCUGGACUUGAUCCUGUCUUAGCAGAUACAUUGCCAGCAGGCGUUGCUUAUCAUCAUGCUGGUCUCACGGGAGAAGAACGAGAUAUAGUGGAGGCAUGUUUCAAGAGUGGUGUCGUACGUGUACUUGUGGCUACAUCUACUCUCGCUGCCGGAGUGAAUUUGCCGGCCCGUCGAGUAAUUUUUAGACAACCAAAAAUUGGUCGAGAUUUCCUUGAUGCAACACGUUACCGGCAGAUGGCUGGUCGAGCCGGUCGUGCAGGCAUUGAUACCAAAGGAGAAAGUAUUUUGAUAUGCAAACCUGAGGAAGUGAAGCGGAUGGAGGAGAUGAUUAGGCAGGAAUGCAAAGCAUUAUGUUCGUGCUUAGCUGAUGACAAAAAUGGAAUGAUCCGAGCCUUGCUGGAAGUAGUUGCAGGUGGAGUAGUUCAGACUGCAGCUGAUGUGCAGCGGUAUGUCCGGUGCACCCUCUUAAAUGCCACACAACCUUUUGAAGAGGUUGUGAAAGCUGCUCAAGAAUCAUUGCGGUGGCUUUGCCAUAAGCAGUUAGUUGAAUGGGAUAGAACUUCACGGCUCUAUACUACAACGCCUCUUGGUCGAGCUGCGUUUUCCAGUUCACUCAGUCCUGAGGAGUCCCUGGUUGUGUAUGAAGAUCUUGCCAAAGCUAGGGAGGGCUUCGUUUUGGCUUCUGACUUGCACCUCCUUUAUGAAGUUACACCCACUUACGUCGACAUCGAGCCUGAUUGGGGUGUAUACUACAGUCGGUUCAUGGAGCUUUCACAUACUGACCAGGCAGUAGGUAAUAGGGUUGGAGUAGUGGAGCCCUUUCUAAUGAGGAUGGCUCAUGGAGUACCUCUUCUGCAACAAGGUGGCAAUGGACGACCUCGUGGUGGGAAGAUUUCUAAGGCGAAGAUUUCUCCUCCCUUUCAGAAACAUAAGUGGAACAGUUCGGGUGCAGCUCCACUACCAGUUGAACAAAUGCUACGUGUGUGCAAACGGUUCUAUGUUUCUCUCAUGCUUUCUAAAUUGGUUCAGGAAGUUCCCCUAAUGGAGAUUUGCGAGUCAUUCAAAGUUCCCAGGGGCACAGUGCAGGCCUUGCAAGAUAGUGCUGGAAGAUUUGCUGGCAUGGUCGGAGCCUUUUGCGAAAGGCUGGGAUGGAGUGACAUGGAAGGCCUGUUCUCUAAGUUUCAGAAGCGAGUAUCAUUUGGUGUUAAAUCUGAGAUUGUGGAUCUGACAGAAAUACCAUUUGUCAAGGCUGCCAGGGCAAGAGCACUGUUCAAGGCGGGUCUUCGGAGUGUACAUGCUAUAGCUGAAGCCUCUUUACCUGAGAUUAUCAAGGCACUUUAUGGCAACAUUUCUUGGGCCGGUCCAGGUGAGAAUAGAGCACAACAAUGGAUGCAAUUGGGCGUAGCCCGCAACAUUAAGAAUGGAGCACGACGUCUUGCACUAGAUCGUGCUGAAGAGGCUAGAGCAGCAGCCUUUUCUGCGUAUGAAGCCCUAGGUGUUCAAGUACCUGCUAUGUUGGCAUUGCCAAUGGUUGGCACGCUUGGUAAUGAGGAAGAAGCACUAGUAAACCCAGAUAUAUCUUUUCAUUCUACGAUGAAAGCGUUGACUGUAGAUGGUGAUCCGGAAGUAAAAGAUGUUCCAAUAAGCUCCGAAGUAAAAGGUGGACUUGCUACUGACAUCAACACUAGUGCUAAAAGUCUUGUUUAUGUACAGAACGCACAGUCAAUUCCUGGAAGUCCAAAGAAAGAUAUUCUAGAAAAAGAGUCUGAUUUGUUACUUCAAAAGUUGGAGUCCAUACCUUCUUUCAGAGUUCAAAAUUCAAAAGACCCUAUUUCUACUCCUGAUGAGUUGCUUUUAGAGGAAGCAACUGAGAAAGUCGACUCAGAUCUGGGUAUUCAACCUGUGGGAAAGGCAUGUGAAGGACUUCAAAUGUCCAGCUUUAAAGAUGGAGGUCCAGCGAAGGGUGCUUUAUUUAAUGGCUCGUUAAUUGCACAACAGGUCUAUGUAGUAGAUGACACCAUGGAUGACCUUUUGAGGGUGCCAUCUAGAGGUCCUCGAGAUGUCGACAAGCUUGUGGGUGGCUUUGAUGAGUUUCUGAGGAGAUGGCAAGGCGUAGAUGAGUUUGCCUUCGACUUUUACUUCAGAACUCCAAGGAAGGGGCUUCCAGAUCCAUUUGAAGUGAUGGGAGUAGCUAUAUGUUGGAAGGAUUCUCCUGUAUAUUAUGUCAAUCUCUCAAUUGUGCACAAGUCCUUCCAGCAUGCAACAAACCCGAAUUGCGGUAAUAAGGAAGUCAUUAUUAGAGAAGUAAACAGUUCCUUAAUUGAGUCCCAGACUCGUUGGCGACAUGUUGGUACUAUGCUGUCCAAAACUGGGGUGAGGAAGAUUUCUUGGGAUUUAAAAAUUCAACUCCAGGUUUUAAACAACCCUGGAUUACAUGUUCCGUCUGCAAGGCAGACCACAGAGCAUGAACGCGGUGUACCUGAUGUUAAAGCAAGAGAAGGAGAAGUAGUAGCACUGCCGUCUAUAAGGGUGCAAAUGCCCUGUAUUGAUACUCGUGUAGCUGCCUGGCUUCUUUGGCCAGACGAGGAAAGUACACGUCUCCUUUCCCUUGAGCAGGAAGUCAAAAAGCGUCUGCCUGGAGAAAUUGCUGCUGCGGCAGGAAGAGCUGGGAGAUGGGCUAAUCAGAUGGGUUGCGUUGCCCAUAACGGAUGCUGCCGAAGAGUAGCACAGAUAUGGGUGCUGCAUUGUGCCUUUUGGAAACUUUUGGUAGCUGAGGGUCUACAUGAAGCUCUGCUGCAGCUUGAAAUGCCUCUGGUGAGAGUUCUGGCAGACAUGGAAACUUGGAGUCUCGGUUUAGACAUGCGAGUAUGCCGUAAGGCGCAAAGCCAUCUGCACUGCAAACUUCGUGAACUAGAAGCUCAAGGCGAGAAGCUUGCAGGAAUGAGCUUCUCUUUGUCGGCGCCAGCUGAAGUAGCACAUGUGCUGUACCGCCACUUGAAACUGCCAGUACCCCCUGGUUGCAAAGGCAAACACCAUCCUAGCACUGACAAGCAAGCUCUUGAAUUCUUAAGGAAUCAUCACCCGAUUGCAGAUAUAAUAAAAGAGCACAGAAGUUUGUCGAAGUUGCUGCAAAGCACACUUGGAUCCAUUAUUGCCUGGGCAAAAUCUCCAGAACCCCUUUUCAGCUCGCAAGAGCGCAGUAGUAGAGGAGAAAUCUUCAGUAUAGCUGGACAUUGGCUGCAGACUUCAACAGCCACAGGAAGGCUGUCCAUGGAGGACCCUAACCUACAGUGCGUUGAGCAUGCCGUUAGCUUCACGAUUGAAGGGGGAAGAUCGUUAGACGGAGACCAAGAGAAAGCGAAUAACGUGGUGGAAGUCAAUGCCCGUCAGGCUUUCGUACCAUCUCAGGAGGGGUGGAUUCUCUUGUCAGCAGACUACUCACAGAUUGAGCUACGGUUGAUGGCCCAUUUUUCUGGAGACCCAUCUCUCGUAUCUCUGCUCAGCCACCCUACUGGAGACCUCUUUCGAGUGCUGGCCGCCCAGUGGACGGGUCUUCCCAUGUGUGAAGUUUCUGAUAAACAACGAGAGCGCACCAAACGCCUUGUGUACGGAAUCUUGUAUGGAAUGGGUGUGAACACAUUGGCCGAACACUUAGAGUGUCCGGUUGCGGAGGCUCAAGUCAUGCUGGAGCGGUUCAAAGGCACUUUUCCUUUGGUGACUACCUGGCUUAGUCACGCCGUAGAUUCGUGUCGCCAGAAAGGAUACAUAACAACACUGAGUGGACGGAAGCGGUAUCUGGAUAAAAUCAACACUGGAAAGUGGGGAGAGCAAGCCAAGGCUGAAAGACAAGCUGUAAACUCUAUCUGUCAGGGAUCUGCAGCAGAUUUGAUCAAAUUGGCAAUGAUUAAAGUUCACGAUGCCAUCAGUUCAUCACAUCAGGGGUCUUGUCGUCUCUUACUCCAGAUUCAUGACGAAUUGCUCUUGGAGGUCGAUAAACGGGUCCUGAAGCAUGUUGCGCAAAUACUUCGCUCCAGCAUGGAAGGAGCAAUUACACUUCGAGUGCCUCUUCGUACGAAACUUCAAGUGGGAACAUCGUGGGGCUCUUUGCAACUAUAUACAGAAGACUGACCAUUGCGUUUAGGGUUCUUGUCUUCGUCGCAUUCUUAGGGGUGACAUGUAUAAAUACCAUUCUUUUAGAGCUAUUUAUCCCACGUGUGCAACUAAGUGUGACAUUUUAGUAGAGAGAAUGUAUCAUAAAUCAGAUGCGACAGGGAUGUAGGAUGCAGCUUGAAAAGCGAAGAACCUGACCGAUCAACUAUUUUGAUCUUAGUAGGCAGGCCUUCCACAUAGUUAGAAUACUGAAAGGAAAAUUAGCAGCGUGGUCUUCCAAUGCUUAACUUCAGGUGUAACAGUAAGAUAAUGUGCACCCCAUUUUACACCUUGAGACCAUGGUUUUCUAGAGAAAGGGUAAACCAAGCAAUUUAGGCAGAUGAAAAAAUCAAGUUUGUUUCUUCUUUGUAAGACUCAACCACAUGAGAAUGUUAAGUUCCCCUCAUUGAAUA